AAAAUCUCUAAUGUUCCUCUCUGCAUUAUUUCUUUCCUCCUUUUUCGCAGAACCUUCUCUCCUCUAAAACCAGAGAAACCCAUUUAUUGUUCCAUGGAAACUUUAGAAGAAAGAAGAUUAUUUAGGUAAAGACAUGAACCCAAACCUCAAAAUCGAAAGAUCUCCAAGAAAACCCAUCUCUUCAGGAUCAAAAUAAACCCAAAACUGAGUCAUGAGACCGAUUCAACCCCCACCACCAUUACAAUCAGCAUCCUCAUCACCAUUACCAUGCGGUACCAACAGAACCGAUUCAAAUCGAAAUCGUCGUCGUCCUGGUUUAACAAUCCCUUUACCGAAACGUGAUACGUCUAGUGCUCUUCCUUUACCUCUCCCCCUCCCUCUACCUCUCCCUCCUUCAACAUCAACAUCAACAUCCUCAUCAACAACAACAACCGUUUCACCACAACCAACUCAGUUAACUCAACUGAGUUUCUCGGAACUUGAUAAAGAAAGAAGAAUCGGUAGUGGAAGCGGUGGUACAGUUUAUAAAGUAAAACAUAAACCGACAGGGAAAUUCUUUGCUUUGAAAGUGAUCUAUGGUAAUCAUGAAGAAGCAGUAAGAAAACAGAUCUGUAGAGAAAUCGAAAUCUUAAGACAAGUUAAUAACCCUAGCGUUGUUAAUUGUCAUGGUAUGUUUGAUAACAAUGGUGAAAUUCAAGUCUUAUUAGAAUACAUGGAUGGUGGUUCUUUAGAAGGUAUUCAUAUCUCUAAUGAAAGGAAUUUAGCUCAUUUAUCGCAUCAGAUUCUAUUGGGUUUAUCAUAUUUACAUCGUCAUAAAAUUGUUCACCGCGAUAUUAAGCCUUCCAAUCUGUUGAUUAACGCCCGAAAGGAAGUGAAAAUUGCUGAUUUUGGUGUUAGUAGAAUCUUAGCACAAACAAUGGAUCCAUGUAAUUCAGCUGUAGGUACUAUUGCUUAUAUGAGUCCUGAAAGAAUCAAUACAGAUCUAAAUGAAGGUGUUUAUGAUGGAUAUGCUGGUGAUAUAUGGAGUUUGGGGGUUUCUAUAUUGGAAUUUUAUCUGGGUAAGUUUCCCUUUAAUGUUAGUAGACAAGGUGACUGGGCUAGUUUGAUGUGUGCUAUUUGUAUAGCACCACCACCUGAAGCACCACCAACUGCAUCUGGAGAAUUUAGAUCGUUUUUAUCAGCUUGUUUGCAAAGAGAACCAUCUAAAAGAUGGACUGCUGAGAAAUUACUACUUCAUCCAUUUAUAACCCAGAAUAGGGUGAUCAACAUCUCAAAUCAGAAGUCCCCAAAUCAUGAUCAUCAAGUCCAUCUACUUCAACAGCAAUUACAACACCAUCAGUUACUUCAACAACAACAACAUCCACAUCCACAACAGCAAAACCCACAACAGCAGCAGCAAUUUCUUCCUCCUCCUCAACAUUUGGGUUGAUUUUAAUCUGAGACUUUGUUAUGGAGAUGAUUUAAGAAAAUGGGUAUGUAUCAAAUCAAAUCUCUUUUCAAUAUCUCUGAUUAUUAUUAUUAUGGUGGUUCUAGUAAUGAGAUUAGAUGUUUUUUUUUUUUUUUUUUAACUUCUUUAUUUUAAUUGUCAUGUACUUUUUAUUUGUUGGUGUUGUUGUUAGAGUGGCUAGAAUUAAAAAUGAAGCUACUUUAUGUACCCCCGGAUUAAGCUUUUGUAAUCUUUGUAUUACAACAAAAAAUUUCAUAUGAUCAAUGUUGAUGAUGAAAAAUGAAGUAUCAAUAGAAAUGGAAAAUUGCAACUUUUUUUAUGUUUCA